UCGUUUUUCUUUUGUGGAGUGCAGCAAGUGUACCAUCGACUUCGACUCGCCCUCAGCUCUAGCCAGUCUCCAGCACAUCAGAUUUCAGGAUGGUCAGAACUAGAGCAACAGGUGUGACAACACCAACACCGGCAAGACAGGGUACGCCUGAGCCAACCGUUGGGGCUGCAGCUCGAAGGGAAGCAGUGGCAAGAGGCCGUGGUAGAGGUCGCGGGAGAAGGCCCACUAGAGGCAGAGGACAAACACCUGGUCCAGCUAGGGAUAGAGUGGUGACUCAUCCACCGAGUGACGAGGUAGUGAGAGAGAGUGACGAAGGGGAAGAUGAGCAGAUUCAAGAGAAGGAAGUACCACCCCAGCCUACUCCAGAGAUGAUUAAUCAGGUUCUCACUUAUCUUAGCGGGUUAUCUGAUCAUGGGCAGGCACCCCCAACAUUUUCUUCACUAGCACCUCAAGUUCAGGGAGUACAACAUACAGCCGAUGUGGCUCCUCGCAUGGAUGCGUCCUUGGAAACAGACACGUUUCCCCGAUUGACUACAAGGCCUAUAAUGACUAGUGACCAGCAUGAUCUCUUUAUUAAGUUCUUAAAGCUGAAACCUCCAGUUUUCAAGGGUACUGAAUCUGAAGAUGCUUAUGAUUUCCUGGUUGAUUGUCAUGAGUUGUUACAUAAGAUGGACAUAGUGGAGCGAUUCGGUGUUGAGUUUGUGACCUACCAGUUUCAAGGGGAUGCCAAAAUGUGGUGGCGGUCUCAUGUGGAGUGUCGACCAGCAAAGGCACCACCUAUGACUUGGACAACAUUUUCUAGCUCAUUUAUGGAGAAGUACAUACCCCGGACUUUGAGGGACAGAAGGAGAGAUGAGUUCCUGAACAUAGAGCAAGGAAGGAUGUCUGUUGCAGCUUAUGAGGCUAAAUUUCGUGCGUUAUCCAGGUAUGCCACUCAGCUUUGCUUCAGUCCGCAAGAGCGGAUUCGCCGCUUUGUAAAGGGAUUGAGGUCAGAUUUGCAGAUCCCAGCUUUACAGGUAGCUGCUUCUGCAAAAUCUUUUCAGGAAGUGAUUGAUUUUGUGAUAGAGGUAGAGGGGGUGAAGCCGGAUGACUUCACCAAGGUGUCAACAUUUAAAAAGUUUCGUAAGGGAGGUGAGUUUAGUGGUUCGUACUCCAGAGGGCAGAGUUCAGGGGGCUAUCCACCCCGUCCUAUUUAGUCUUCAUUGUAGGCUUCAGUUGAGGGUCCGUUGCGGACCAGUCAACCUUUUUCUGAGUUUGGGGGUUACCUCCAGUCUUCUUCGUCUUCACAGAGACCUACACUCGACUCUAGGACUUGUUAUGGAUGUGAAGAGGCCGGACAUAUCAAGAAAUAUUGUCCAAAGCAGAGUCAGGCUCGGUACGAUCAGAGUUACAGAUCCCCAGCAGUUAGAGGUAGAGGUGGUCAUGGUAGAGGCCGUCAUUCUGGAGGACGUGGUGGCCAAGGUAAUGAUGGUCACCAGUUCAACCGGGGUGGCGGGCAGGUUGGAACUACUGGAGCGCAGCCCGGUAGAGGCAAUGGACAGACAGGUGAUAGGGCACAUUGUUAUGCUUUCCCCGGGAG